AUGAAUGAGAGCAUAAGACUGGAUCAAUUUUAUGACGCUUUCAUAAAAAAUUUCACAAGUGUUGCUUUGGGUAUAAUUAUUAAUUACAUCAACGGAACGUUAGUUUUUACUUUUCUUAACCAUGUAGACUUCUAUAGUGAUCCAAGAUACAUUCUUUACAUUCACCUGGUGAUUAAUGACAUGUUAAUGUUGUCCCUUGCAGUAGGAACACAGGUUGCUGGCUACAUUUCGCCUUAUUUCAAAGUAUCUGUCUGUUGCAUGUUGUUACUACUUAUUAGCACAACAACUAAGAACACCCCACUAAACCUUGCUGGUAUGGCUAUAGAGCGCUACAUUGCCAUAUGCAAACCACUGCAUCACCCUCAGAUCUGCACCGUACGCAGGACUUACAUUCUUAUCGGCUUUAUUUGGGGGAUUUCACUGGUUCCAGCACUGAGCGAUAUUUUCAUUGUCAUGAUAGCUAAGCCACUGAACAUUUUCUCCCGUACCAUUCUUUGUCACAUGUCAAGUAUUUACAACACAAUGCAGCACACAAUGCAAGCCACCGUAGUUCAGGUUAUGUACUUAUCCUUUGUGUGGGUCACACUGAUUUUCACUUAUUUUAAGGUUCUGUUUGUUGCCAAAGGUGCCACAACAGAUCAGGUUUCAGCUAGAAAAGCCAGGAAUACAAUACUGCUUCAUGCCGUUCAGCUCCUCCUUUGCAUGCUCUCCUAUUUCACUCCUUUCAUAAAUGCAAUUCUUCUACCUCUCUUCCCAAACAGUCGAACAAAUAUACUUUUUGUGUUUUUUUUGUUAUUGAAUAUUUUACCAAGACUACUAAGUCCACUCAUAUAUGGGAUUAGAGAUAAAAAAAUUUUCAAGCAUAUCAAAGUCUAUUUGAUAUGCAGACUGCAAUGUGCAUGA